CCAAGCCUGCCAAACAACAAAGUGUGUGCACAACAUCGACUCAGAUGUCUGGGAAAACGUCUUAAGAAAGAUAAUCAAUAUCACAAGGAUUAUGUGGCUUUUAUGGAGGACAUCAUAACAAGAGGUGAUGCUGAAAAGGUUCCAGAGUCAGAGUUAAACGAUCGGACCACGUGGUAUAUCCCUCACCAUGGGGUUUAUCAUCCCCAAAAGCCAGGAAAGAUUCGCGUGGUAUUUGAUUGCUCGGCUAAGUUUCAGAAUACAUCGCUGAAUGAGCAUCUACUCACCGGGCCAGACCUUACAAAUACCCUUGUAGGGGUCUUGUGUCGCUUCCGCAAAGGACGAGUAGCCAUCAUGUGUGAUGUAGAGCGGAUGUUCCAUCAAUUUCAUGUCGCACCAAGUGACCAAGACUAUCUCAGAUUCCUGUGGUGGGAAAGAGGCGAUAUGGAGGCUCCACCUUCAGUGUUCCGCAUGAAGGUUCACUUGUUCGGUGCUGCAUCGUCACCUGGAUGCGCAAACUUUGGGCUCAAACACCUGGCUGCAGAAGGUGAAGGCAAGUUUAGUGAAGCUACAGUGAGGUUUAUUCAGCGCAACUUUUAUGUUGAUGAUGGAUUAACAAGUUUGGACAGUGAAGAAGAAGCUAUCGAGCUUGUUAGAGAGGCAAGAGACCUCUGCAACACUGGUAAACUCCACUUACACAAAUUCAUUACCAGUAACAAGAAGGUGCUUGCCACAAUCCCAAAGCAAGAACUUGCAGAAGUUGUAGCUGACCUGGACAUGGCCUUGGGUGAGCACAAGAUGGAGCGGGCUCUCGGGGUCCAAUGGUGUAUUAGCUCAGAUAAGUUCCAGUUCAAAGUGAGGGUAAAGGAUCAUCCUUUCACCAGAAGAGGAGUAUUGUCAACAGUGGCCUCAAUUUUUGAUCCUCUUGGAUUUGUGGCACCUAUCAUUCUAAAAGGUAAACAGAUUCUACAAAGGAUGUGCCAAGACAAGGUGGGAUGGGAUGAGCAGCUUCCUGAUGAUCUCAGGCCGCGUUGGGAAGCGUGGCUCCAAGACCUUCAUAAUCUUUCAGUGGUAGAGAUACCACGGCACUACAUGCCAUUGGCAGCUAAGGAAGUUCAACAGUGUGAGCUUCACCAUUUUUCCGAUGCCAGUGUUUCCGGCUAUGGAAUGUGUUCUUACCUUAGGGUUGUUUCGAAGUCUGGAGAAGUCCAGUGUGCUCUUGUUAUGGCAAAGGCAAGGGUUGCACCGACAAAGUUAACAACGAUCCCAAGACUGGAACUCUCAGCUGCAGUCGUGGCCACAAGGUCGAGUGACCUGCUAAGGAGAGAAAUGGAGAUGGAAAAUCUACAGGAAUACUUUUGGACCGAUUCCAAGGUCGUCCUUGGUUACAUUAACAAUAAUGAAAGGCGAUUUCAUGUAUUCGUAGCCAAUCGGAUCCAGCAGAUCAAAUCGAGCACAGAACCAAGUCAAUGGCGAUAUGUUUGCUCAGAAAAUAACCCGGCUGACCAUGCCUCUCGCGGACUCAUGGCAAAGGAGCUUGUAGAGUCUAACUGGUUUACGGGACCUCGUUUCUUGUGGCAAAAGGACCUCCCUAAGGAGGAAGAGUUUAAGGUGAGAGAACUCAAUGAGGAUGACCCAGAAAUCAAAAGAGCACAAGUUCACACAACUGAAGCAAAUGAGGAAAAGUCCCUAUUAGACCGACUUCAGAAGUUUUCGGACUGGAAAAGAGUCGUAAGAGCCAUAGCAAGACUUAAGCGUCUUGCAAAGGAGGUGAAAGGUCUAAAAACAAGAUCCAAUGAAGUUACGACACUUGAAGAAAGAAUGGAGGCUGAACAAUUCAUAAUCCAUGCAGUUCAAGAAGAAGCGUUCAGUGAUGAAAUCAAGGCUCUUAAACAAAAGAAAGAGGUACAAAGGAACAAGUCAACCAAACUGCACAAGUUGAACCCUUUCAAGGACAGUCAAGAUAUCCUGAGGGUGGGAGGUAGAUUGACGCAAGCAACACUCCAUCCUCAUGUCAAACACCCAGCUAUCCUCCCCAAAGGACAUCAUGUGUCUCGAUUGUUGAUAAAGCACUAUCAUGAGAAGGUGAAGCAUCAGGGUCGUGGAAUGACCAUCAAUGAAUUACGCUCCGGUGGGAUUUGGAUCAUGGGGUGUAGUAGUGAAGUUUCAUCACUCAUUUUCAAGUGCAUCAAAUGCAGAAAAUACAGAAAAUGUAAUCAAGAACAAAAAAUGGCCGACCUUCCCCCAGAGAGAAUGGAAGCUACCCCUCCAUUUACCUAUAGUGGUAUGGACUGUUUCGGACCAUUUUAUUGUAAAGAUGGAAGGAAAGAACUAAAGAGGUAUGGGCUUCUAUUCACCUGCAUGUGUUCACGUGCCAUCCACAUUGAGGUAUUGGAUGACCUUUCCACUGAUGCUUUCCUAAACGCGUUGCGCUGUUUUAUUGCUAUAAGAGGCAAUGUAAGUCAACUACGAAGUGACCAAGGCACAAACUUUGUGGGGGCACGCAAUGAAUUCCAAGAAUUAAUGAAAGGAAUGGAUCAAGAACGUGUGAAAGAGUUGGGAUGCAACUUCUUCAUGAACACACCUGCUUCCAGUCACAUGGGUGGGGUCUGGGAGAGGCAGAUUCGGACUGUGAGAAAUGUUCUCACAGCCAUUCUAGACCAGUCUUCUGGAAGAUUAGACAGCUCUUCAUUAAGAACAUUCCUGUAUGAAGUGAUGGCUAUAGUGAACAGUCGACCAUUGACCACGGAACAUCUUAAUGAUCCUUUAGGUCCUGAACCCCUAACUCCAAACCAUAUAUUGACAAUGAAGUCGUCAAUAAUCGCACCACCACCUGGUGAGUUUGUAAGGGAAGAUCUCUAUCUUCAGAAAAGAUGGAAGAGAGUUCAGUUCUUGUCUAAUGAAUUUUGGACCAGAUGGAGAAAGGAGUAUUUGCUGAAUCUGCAGCAGAGGAGCAAAUGGAACAAGGACAGGAGAAAUGCUAAAGUGAAUGACAUUGUCCUGUUGCAAGAUGAUGACGCACCAAGAAAUAAGUGGAAGCUGGCGAAGGUAGUUGAAGUCUUCCAAGGAUCUGACGGAAGAGUCAGAAAACUCAAACUGUUACUUAGUGACACAGCACUAGACAUUAGAGGCGCACGCUCACAUAAGCCAGUUUAUUUAGAAAGGUCAAUACACAAAACAGUACUACUGCUUGAGGCCGAAUAAGUAGCCUAGUUCUUCAUUGUUUUGUUUAUAUUUGAAUGUAUAUGCGUUUAUUUACAUCAUUGUUUUAGAAUGUUCUGUUUAGAAAGUCUAUUUUUGUGAUGUGAAUCACACAUUGUGUGAUGGUGGGAGUGUAAAUGCAGCCGGUAUUUUGAAUAUAUUUGAAAUACUCAUGUACUUUUAUUUUGACAUUCCGAAAACCGGAAGUAAGCCCCGUAACCAAAGCGCAGGGACCAAGCGCACAUGUAGCGAUUCAUGCUAGUUUAAUUCUUUAUACUCCCUGUUUCAACUGCGUAUAAGUUUAAGUAUAUUUGACUUUGAAGAUUGCUUCUGGGAAAUGACUCUGCCGUUGGUUGAGAAGCAGGCUAAAGUGUUCUACGGUGUUAAAGUGUUAAUAAACAUCUGUGUAUGGAACCGGAGUCUCGCAUUCAAUCGAUGGGCGGCAUA